AAUCAAAUACCUUAAACCCUUGAAAAACCCACAAAAAAGCAACCCCAUAUUCUCAACAUAGCAAAAAGGGGUUAAAGCUGAUGAUUUUACAGCACUUAAUUUCAGUUAGCAAACUAUGGAGGUUGUCAUCUCCACCAAACCUAUUCUUGUUUCGACCUUUUGCUUUUACUACUGCUUACCAACCACAGUGUUGUAGAAUCAGAGCAUUUGGGUUUGCUGUUUCAGCCACUAAAGUUGUUGACACAAAUGCAAAUGAGACAUUUUUUGCUGAAGAAAGUGUUUCUUGGACCUCUUUGGGUGUUUCUGAAUCAUUAUCUCGUGCUUUAUCCAGUGUUGGCCUUCAUAGGCCCUCUUUAAUUCAGGCAACUUGUAUACCAAGUAUACUUUCAGGGGCUGAUGUGGUGGUUGCUGCAGAGACUGGCAGUGGCAAGACUCAUGGUUACCUAGUUCCAUUGAUUGAUAAGUUAUGCCAAAUUUCUGAUAAUUCAGGGGCUAUUGCUGAUCGGGAUGUCAGCAAGCACCAUCGUCUUUCUCUUGUUCUUUGCCCGAAUGUUAUGUUAUGCGAACAAGUGGUCCGAAUGGCUAAUAGUCUUUGCAAUGAUAGUGGUACACCACUCCUCAGUAUUGCAGCUGUUUGUGGCCGACAGGUCUGGCCUUCAAAAGAACCAGAUGUAAUGGUGUCGACUCCGGCAGCACUUUUAAAUUAUCUUUACUCUAUAGACCCAGAAAGGCGAAGACGUUCAGAGUUUAUACGUAGUGUUAAAUAUGUGGUUUUCGACGAGGCAGAUAUGCUGCUUUGUGGAAGUUUCCAGAACCAAGUGGUUCGACUUAUAGAUAUGCUUCGUUUUGAUGAGAAGCAGUUACCUCGUUCUAAAAAUUUGGAAGCUGCGAUGUCAUCAACUUCAGACUUGGAUGAGUUUAGAGACCUAAAAGCAGAUUAUGGUGAAGAUGAAGAUGAAGAUGAAGAUGAAGAUGAGGAUGAAGAUACAGAAGUUGGUGAAGAUAGUGCAAAUCUAGAAGCAGACACCAAGGGGUUAAAGAGAAGAGAUUGGCGAAGAGUGAGAAAAAUAUAUGAGCGGAGCAAGCAGUACAUUUUUGUUGCAGCUACCCUUCCUGAAAAUGGGAAGAGAACUGCUGGAGGAGUUUUGAAGCGGAUGUUUCCUGAUGCUACUUGGGUUAGCGGAAAUUAUCUUCAUCAGCACAGCCCAAGGUUGGAGCAGAAGUGGAUUGAAGUUUCAGUUGACACCCAAGUGGACACUCUCAUAAAUGCUGUGAAAAAUGGAAAUUGUAUGGCUGAUAGUGGUCCUACAGUUCUCCGAACCAUGGUCUUUGCAAAUACUGUUGACGCUGUGGAAGCUGUUGCUACAAUUUUAACAGGAGCUGGGCUUCAAUGUUUCCGCUACCAUAGUGAUAGCUCUUUGGAGGAGCGUACAAAGAAUUUACUUGAUUUCCAGCAGGAAGGUGGUGUUUUUGUGUGCACGGAUGCUGCUGCACGUGGUAUUGACAUUCCAAAUGUUUCACAUGUCAUUCAGGCAGAGUUUGCCACGUCCGCUGUAGAUUUUUUGCACAGGGUUGGUCGUACAGCUAGAGCCGGCCAACCUGGCCUUGUUACGAGUCUCUAUAGAGAAUCAAACCGUGAUCUUGUUGAGGCCAUUCGUCUAGCACAGAAAAUUGAUAUGCCAGUGGAGAAGGCAUUUAGCAGAAAAAGGAGCUUUCGCAAUAAAAUUAAGAAAAGAGGCAGAGAAGCUUCCCACAUGAGGUGAAGAUGUUUUGAUUUUGACUUGAGUUAUUGGCAUUUGUUUCUCCACAUUGCUUGUAUUUUAGUGUUAUUGUAACAUCCCUAUAACACAGUAAAAAAAUUAAUUAGUGCAGAGUAUUUGAUUUGGAAGUC